AAGAAAGCUAGCUCACUGCUUAGGGGGCGAACCUGUGGUGCUCCGAAAGGACGACCUAAGUAACGAUUUGACAGAUUUUACCGAAAGCAAGACAUUUUACUCGUAAAGGUCGUGUAUAAUUCGCGAGGGGCGAAGGUGAAGGUCGAGACACCAGCCCAACCAAACUGAACCCAGCCCACAGUGUCAAACAUCAGACAGACGACAGCCCUGCACACAGACGCUAUGGAUCGUUCACCCACCACCUCCAGCCUGAUGGCCAGCAGCAACGUCACCAACAAGACCGACCCACGCUCCCUCAACUCCCGAGUCUUCAUCGGCAACCUCAACACCCUGCUGGUCACCAAGGCAGAUGUUGAGGCCAUCUUCUCCAAGUAUGGCAAGAUUGUAGGCUGCUCCGUUCACAAGGGCUAUGCCUUCGUUCAGUACUCCAACGAGAGGAACGCCCGGGCUGCUGUCACCGGAGAGGAUGGGAGGAUGAUUGUCGGACAAGUGCUUGACAUCAAUCUGGCUGGAGAACCCAAACCACACAGGUCAAAAACCACAAAACGCUCAGCUGGAGACAUGUACAGCAGUUCCUCAUUUGAUCUCGACUAUGACUUUCAAAGAGAUUAUUACGACAGAAUGUACUCGUACCCGUCCCGUGUCCCCGCUCCCCCUCCCCCCUUGUCGCGGGCCGUGAUCCCGUCCAAGCGCCCGCGGGUCAGCCUCAGUGGAGGAAGCAGCCGGCGAACCAAGAGCAGCUUCUCCUCUUCCUCCAAGAGCAGCCAGAGGACUUCUUCUUCCAGAACAAUGAAGGUGGACGAGCUGCAGACCAUCAAGCGGGAGUUGACCCAAAUCAAAAGCAAAGUGGACGACCUGCUGGAGAGCCUGGAGCGCAUGGAGAAGGACCACAGCAAGAAGUCAGAAGCCAAGAGCAUAAAAACUGAGCCAGGAGAGGUGACUUCACCACCGCACCCAAGCAACAAGAAGGACGAUGGGAUAAAGAGGGAGAGGGAGAGCCAGGAGAUGAAUGACUCGGAUGAGGAGGAGGAGGAAGAGGAGGGAGAUCUACUGGAGGAGGAAGAGGUGAAGAGUCAGGAGAGGGAGGAGGAGGAAGAGGAGGAGGAGGAGGAGGAGGAGGAGGAAGAAGGAGAGCACGUGGAAGGUGACGAUGAUGCUGACAGUGUCAACGGUGAAGAGGACUCGUAGGCUCAGACCACACCGACACAUGCAGCGUACACACAGCUUCCAGUAGGAACUCGGACUCUGUUUUAACACUCAUAUUGUAGAUACAAAAAGUAAACGUGUACACACACACACACACACACACACACACACAAGCAUGGUGCGCACACAAAAUUAUUCCAUUGUCCCUAAUGCCGGUUGUGUUGGGUUUAUUUUUUUUGUUUGUUUUUGGUUUUUGUUUUUUGUUUUUUUGUUUCUUUGGCCUGUUAUCCAGUAUCACUGUAACCAGAAUAGUUAGCUGUUAGUUUCAGUUUGUGUUUUUACUGCGUCGUUACUUGUCUUCGGGAGAAGACAGAAACAUGGACUGUUAAUGUUCUCAGAGACGACAUCUCGAUGGACAUGUCUUAAUGCGAGGACGGAAUUUCAGCUCCAAAAUACCGCUUUUAGGUUCAUUGUGUUUGUUUUCCUCAUCAGUGAGUUUGACCUUGUGUGUCUGUAUGUUAAUGUCAGUUUUUUAUACUAUUCAGUUUCAGUUUAACUGUAAAGGAAU